GGCUAUCUGAAAUGUCUAUUUAGCAGGUACACUAGCUUCAUGAGAGUUGGAGAACAUCUUAAUCUGAAAUGGUGGAGCCAUCAACAGCAUACAUUACAGCUAACAAUUUACCUCCAGAAAUUUUAUUGCGUGUCUUCAAUUAUCUCGAUACUGGUGAUUUAAUUAAUUGUAUGUAUGUAUGUUCUACUUGGAGACAAACGGCGCUUGACAGUUGUUUAUGGCAAAGAAAGUUGGUAACAAUUUUGAAAACUCAAUGGUCUACUCUUAUAUGUGAUUGUAAGCCCAAAUAUGCUCCGGACCUACAAAAGCUACAAACAAUUCAUCCUUACAAAAUAUAUCACUUCCUUAAGAAAUAUGUUCCUCAACACCUACUUGAUGACCAGAAAGAAACAUCAAAAGUCCAACUUUUGAUUAAUAAGAUUAAUCAACUUAGUCUUGCUUCAGCUCCACCUGAAGGUCAAUCAACUAAUCCUUUAUCAUUCUGUGAAUUAUUUUGGAAGUGGUGGAAUAAUUUUAGACGUAGAUUGUCUAUCUACCAUGCUUCACGUUUGAAUGACAUAAGUCGUCAGCGUUGUCGAUUUGCAGUAUUUGGACCUGGUUUUGACCAGAGAGCUACAAGUUGCUUGUUUAGUAAAUUGGUUGAUGUAAAAACCAAAUCAUUUGAACCAUUAAAUAUGAUACCAGGUCGAAUGGGCUUUGGUGCUGGACUUACACUUCGGCUGCAUAAUCAAGCUCAAAUGGCAGCAUUAGAUUCUUCUGUAUAUUUUUCGGACAAAACAUUUAAACAUUCAAAAAACGAUUACAAAAAAUCUAUUUCGAAAGAGACAUAUACACUCAAUUCACAAGCUAUUAAUUACUUAAACGAUUUCAUAUUUGAUUUACAUUAUCUUUAUUCUUUAAGUGGACAUUUAAGUCAUAAGUUCAAUAAUCAGCUAGAGCGAAUUCAUGCCAGUCGUCUUUUUACUUAUUCAAAUGAUGUAAAUAUCUCAACUAUUCAUUCAUCAUCUUUGAAUAGAUUAAUUGUAAGUAAUGAAAUGAAGUGUUUACUACAUGGUAUUUGUGGCAUAAUUUACGCUCUUGAUGCUAGAGAAACAACCGAACAAGCUGUUUACUUAUAUACCGAACUAAAAACUGUAUUAAAAGGUUUUCCUAAUGAAAUAGCACAUAAAGUACCGAUUGUCAUCCUAUAUAUUAUGCCAAUUGAAGAUAUUUUACAAAAUAAGGAUACAGAAAAUUACAUUCAUUCAAAUUAUUUGAAAGAUUCUACUGGAACAAAUGAAAUCUAUUUAAAUCGUGAUAGUUAUAGCGGUGCAAAUUACACAUUUUCAUGGUGUGGUUCAUUAUUACAACCUUUAACAUGUUUACAUUUAUUCGAAUUUCAAAAUCCAUGGCGUUUACAAAAAUGUGCCAGUAAUGAUAUUAAAGCGGUUAUUCAAAGUUUGAUGUGGUUAAAAUCUAAACAUCCAACUAUUCAUGAUACAAUAACUUCAACUAAUAUGAAACGUGCAACUUCCACAACAUAUUGAUUUUCCAUAAUUAACAAUAAUAAUUUAUUAUUAUGAUAAAGAUGGUAAGAAAGUUUCUAUUUUUUAUUCUUCUUUAAAGCUCUUGUUUUCCUUCGAUGAUAAGAAAAACAAAACAAAUCAGUAAAAAAGAAGAAUUUAUUGUUUGUUUUCACCAAUAGUCUUUCAUUUAUUUUCAUUUACCUUUAUUGAUGACUAUUUUGUUUGACAAAAAUUUAAAGAGAGAGAGAGAGAAAGAGAGUAGAUGUAACUAAAUGCUUUCUAUUAUUCAUGUGAUUGUUUGUUGAGAUGUCGUUUUUUAAAAAAAAAGGGAAGAUAAUGUUACAGAAUGAAUGUUUACUUAUUUGUUUAACCAUUUUCUUUUUUUGGAUAAUCUGUAGAAAUAGAAUUCACUACUAUGUACAUAGGGUUAAUUUGUAAAAUCAGAUUUUCUCUCUUAGUUAAAUAGAUAGAUAAAUAAUUAGUCGAAAUGGUAUACUGAGUGCAGUCUUAUACAGAUAAUACGAUAUAAAGUAUAAUUUGAAGUUUAUGUUAUCCUAGUGUAAUAUUUCUUUGUUUUCAAAGAAUAUAGUUUAACGGAUGCUGAUGAAUGAUGAGAAUGUUCUGAAAAGAUGUUACACUCUUGCAAAAUGAGUGAACUGUCUUUGCU